CCAAACGCGCCCUUAGUCACCUAGGUCAAAUACCCUCAAAGCUAGAGAAACAGGCCUGAGGCAAAAUUUUCAAAACCCUAGUGAAUUUGUUCGCACACGCUUGAAAUCAUCGAUUUUCAAGUUUGAUUUGUUUUUUAUUUCUGUUUUUUGAAAUUAGAGUUUUGGGAUCAGAUUCAAACCCUGGUUUUUUAAGCUGUUCUGAUGAACCCACGGGGUCGGUAUCCGCCGGGGAUCGGCGACGGCCGGGGCGGAAAUUUUCACUCAAACCCUAAUUUUCAAAACCGAAACCCUAAUUACCAACAACAACAGUAUUUUCAGAGACCACCGAUGCAGAAUCAGCAGCAACAGCAGUGGCUGAGACGGAUUCCAAUUGCUACUGAUUCGCCUGCGAAUGAAGUUGAGAAGACAGUACAGUCCGAAGUCGUUGAUUCGAGUUCCCAAGAUUGGAAGGCACAGCUAAGGGUUCCUCCACCUGAUACUCGCUACAAGACAGAGGAUGUAACUGCUACAAAAGGAAAUGAGUUUGAAGACUAUUUUCUGAAACGGGAACUACUCAUGGGGAUAUAUGAAAAGGGAUUUGAAAGACCUUCUCCCAUCCAGGAAGAAAGUAUUCCGAUUGCUUUAACUGGAAGUGAUAUUCUUGCUAGAGCUAAAAAUGGAACUGGGAAAACAGCUGCCUUUUGCAUUCCUGCAUUGGAAAAAAUUGAUCCAGAUAAUAAUGUAAUUCAAGUUGUUAUACUUGUUCCAACAAGAGAGCUUGCUCUUCAGACAUCACAAGUGUGCAAGGAACUUGGGAAGCAUUUGAAGAUUGAAGUCAUGGUCACCACAGGAGGAACUAGUUUGAAGGAUGACAUCAUGCGUUUGUAUCAGCCUGUACAUUUGUUGGUUGGAACUCCUGGAAGAAUUCUGGAUCUCUCUAAAAAAGGAAUAUGCAUUUUGAAGGAUUGUUCCGUGCUUGUUAUGGAUGAGGCUGAUAAGCUGUUGUCUCCAGAGUUUCAACCUUCAGUGGAGCAACUGAUUCGUUUUCUUCCUCAGAAUCGGCAAAUUUUAAUGUUUUCAGCGACAUUUCCUGUGACUGUCAAGGAUUUUAAAGAUAGAUAUCUGAAAAAGCCUUACGUUAUUAAUCUCAUGGAUGAGCUUACUCUCAAGGGUAUCACUCAAUAUUAUGCUUUUGUGGAAGAAAGACAGAAGGUUCACUGCCUAAACACUCUUUUCUCUAAGCUUCAAAUCAAUCAGUCGAUAAUUUUCUGCAACUCUGUCAAUCGGGUUGAACUGUUGGCUAAAAAAAUUACAGAGCUUGGUUAUUCGUGCUUCUAUAUUCAUGCUAAGAUGCUGCAAGAUCAUCGAAACAGAGUAUUUCAUGACUUCCGUAAUGGUGCAUGCAGGAAUCUGGUCUGCACUGAUUUGUUUACAAGGGGGAUAGACAUUCAGGCAGUCAACGUUGUCAUCAAUUUUGAUUUUCCUAAGAACUCUGAAACAUAUCUGCACAGGGUAUGUGGUCGUUCUGGAAGGUUUGGACACCUUGGCCUGGCAGUUAAUUUAAUAACUUAUGAAGACCGUUUCAACUUGUAUAGGAUCGAGCAGGAACUUGGGGCUGAAAUAAAACAAAUUCCUCCACACAUAGAUCAGGCUAUUUACUGCAGGUGACUUGAGAUGAAGUCCUGCCAGCUGCCAAUGGUAAUGGAAGCUGCUUGAUGAUGACAGGGCGCUUUUACGAAUGUGUUGCGCUGCAUGUAACAUUACAGGCUUCUGGCUCCCUUUGGUCCGAAUACUUUCUGCCACAAUUGGCUUUAAGAAUGCUAAGGAGAAAAAAGGGAGAAGGAAAAACAAUAUUUAUGGAUCAAGGAAUGAGCCACUGGUUUGGUUUGUGGAUUCAGACUUGGUGAAAUCAUCUCCUCAGUGUUAUUUGCACUUAGGGCCGAUGUUAUUUACUUUUAGUUUUGAUUAUUUGGAAAAAGAAAAAAAAAAGGAAAAAAAAAAGAAAAAAAAAAAAAGAAAAGGAAAAAAAAAGGCCUUUGAACAAGACAUUUUGAGCAUUUAUUUAGUGUAGUGGGAUUUUAGAAUUACCUUCCACCUAGUUUCACUCAUACCUGUGAUUCGUCCAAUUAUUGAAGUAUUUACCACUAAGGUUUUCAGUUCUUUUUCCACCCCACCCCCCUUUUUUAGCAGGGCAAUAUUCCAGUUUCUAGUUUCUGUUAUCUUGUGAUUCUUCAAUUAUUGAAGCUUUUUUUAUGUUAAUUUUGUGGUCAUGGUA